ACAUUCGCAACUCCUGACAGCCCGAUCAGCCGGCUGACUGUGAGAGUUAGUAAAGAGACUUAAAUUUCCCGAAAACAGCUUGUAUGAGGGAAGUAUAAACAAUAACGCUCGAGAGAACCGAACAUGAUGAUGAGUUAUACAGUACUUGGUGCUGUGCUGUGCAGCUUUCUCGGACUUACAGCGGGUGUGGCUGUUAUGUCCAUUGAUCUUGGUGCUGAGUUCAUGAAGAUAGCCAUUGUAAAGCCUGGUGUUCCCAUGGAGAUCGUCACAAACAGGGAAUCUAGUCGCAAAACUCGUACAAUGGUGGCAUUCCGGGACGGAGAGAGACAGUUUGCCAACCAGGCAUACACUACGUCUGUCCGAUUUCCCCUCAAAGCUUUCUGGUAUUUGACACACGUCAUUGGUCGACAUUUUGACGACCCCCAGGUUCAGCUGUACAGGGAACGCUUCCCAUUCUAUGAUUUGGUGAAAGACGAGGAGAGGGGAACAGUUCUGUUCAGAACAGAAGAUGGGGAGACGACAUAUACUCCAGAAGAGCUGCUAGCUAUGAUCCUGGAAUCUGCUCGGGAAUAUGCUGAGGAGUUCGGAGACCACCCUAUCAAGGAUGCCGUCAUCACCGUGCCGGCAUACUUCAACCAGGCCGAGAGACGCGCCAUCAAGAGCUCGGCUGAGAUGAUCGGACUCAACGUUCUGCAGUUGAUGAGUGACAAUGCAGCUGUGGCUUUGAACUACGGUGUGUUCAGGAGGAAGAACUUCAACUCCACCAUGCAGUACUACAUCUUCUACGACAUGGGCGCCACCAGUACCGUUGCCACCGUUGUAGGCUACCAAGUUGUCAAGAAGAAGGAAGGUACCAGAGUGGAGACGAACCCUCAAGUUGUCAUCAAGGGUGUUGGGUUUGACCGGACUCUGGGUGGCCUGGAUGUGACACUGAGACUGCGGAACCAUCUCGCCAAGUUGUUCAAUGAGCAGAAGAAGACAAAGAAUGAUGUCUUCAAGAACGAAAGAUCCAUGGCCAAACUGCUGAAAGAAGCUGAUCGUGUGAAGCAAGUCCUGAGUGCUAACCAAGAUCACUUUUGCCAGAUCGAGGGUCUGCUGGAUGAGCAAGACUUCAGGGCCAAGGUGACGAGAGAAGAACUGGAGGAGCUGUGUAAGGAUGUCUUCCCUCGAGUCAUCAAACCAAUAGAGGACGCCCUCCAUGCCUCUGAGAUAACUCUGGGUGAGAUCAGCGAGGUUAUCCUCAUGGGAGCAGCGACCAGGAUGCCGAAGGUGCAGGAGGGGCUGAUGACGUUCCUGAAGAGCUAGGAAAAGAGCAUCAACACUGACGAGUCUGCAGCCAUGGGAGCUGUAUACCAAGCUGCCUACCUUGGCAAGGGCUUCAAGGUCAAGACCUUCACCGUAAAGGAGGGCAACAUCUACCCAAUUGUGGUUGAAUUCGAAAAGCAUCAAACUUCUGAAGAUGGGAGUGAGACAUCCAAGACUGUCAAGCGUACUCUCUUUGGCCGGAUGAAUCCCUACCCCCAGAAGAAGGUGAUGACUUUCAACAAGCACUUCUCCGACUUCUCCUUCAGUGUGGGAUAUGGAGAUAUGAGCUUCCUGUCAGACUUGGACAAAAAGUCGUUCCCCCAGCUGCUGCUGUCUAACGUGUCACUCCUCGGGAUUGAGGAGGCAUAUCAGAAACACAAGGAGGGGGCAGAGAGCAAGGGCAUCAAAGCUCACUUCAGAAUGGAUGAAAGUGGCAUUCUCCACUUAGAUAAGGUCGAGUCCGUGUUUGAGACAGUUGGUGAAGUUGCUGAGGAGAAAGACGAGUCUGCCUGGUCCAAAAUAGGGAGCGCCAUUGGAGGUCUAUUUGGGGGAUCUGAUAGCAAGGACAAGGAAGCUAAAGUAGAGGAUUCCAAUGAGGAUCCAUCGUCAGCAGCAGCGGGGGAUGCUAGCAAGGGUGACCAGGAUUCCGCUAAGGGGCAGAGUACUAACAAAAGCGAGUCGCCAAAGUCUGAUUCCGAGACUGAACCCAAGAAAACCGAGGAGAAAUCCUCCGGAAAACAGGAAGAUAAAAAGCCAUCAGAGUCGACAGAAGAGGGAACCGAAGCGUCAUCGGAACAGGAACCAAAACAAGAGGAGAAGACAGAUGACAAAACCGAAGAGAAAACAGAAAAGAAAACAAAAGACAAGAAAGAAAAAGAAAGUGACAAGAAGGAGAAGAAGGAAGACAAGAAAAGCAAGGAUGGAGAGAAGGACAAAGAGGAGAAGAAGAAGGAAGAAGAGCCAAAGAAGCCAAAAAUUACAACCAUUAAGGAGGUAAUCAACUCGACCUUGGGCUCUCUGGACCUCCCCAAUUUCACCAAGGAACGAAUGAAGGAGGCCAAGAAGGUCCUGGCGGCACUGAAGGCCAAGGACAAGGAGAAGAUGGAGCUGGAGAAGGCCAAGAACGAGCUUGAGGCGUACAUCUUCGACUCCCAGGACAAGCUCUCCCAGGACUCCUACGUCAAGUGCUCCACUGAAGCAGAGAGAGAGGAGCUCAACAAAGUCAUGUCCGAGGCUUCUGAUUGGCUGUACGAACAACCGGACGAUGCCAAGAAAGACGUGUUUGUCAAGAAGCUGAAGUCCCUCAAGGACGGCCUGAAGGAUGUAGCACGUCGUGUGUUUGAGCUGGAGGAAAGACCAAGGGCUCUAGAUGCUCUCAAGUCCAUGUUGAACCACUCUGUGCACUUCCUCAAGUCCGUGAAGAACCUGUCGAACACUGACGACCCCAUCUUCACCGAGGUGGAGGUCACUACACUGGACACCCUCAUCAAUGAAACCUUGGAAUGGCGCAACACCAACGUGAAAGAGCAGAAAAAGUUGAAGGAUCACGAGAACCCAAAGAUGCUCGUGGAGGACGUAGCUCUGAAGAUACAGGCCCUGGACCGCGAGGUCAAGUACCUCAUCAACAAGGCCAAGUACUGGAAGCCCAAGACUAAGCCCAAGACAGACGACAAGAAGAAGACAAACAGCACAGAAAAACCCAGCAAUGAGACUAAGACAGAAGAGGCGGAGUCUAAAACUGAGGAGGCGGAGUCUAAACCCGAGCAGGCAGAGCCUAAGGUUGAUGACGCAACAACCCAGUCUCCAGAAUCUCAAGAAGAAGCUCCUACAGAAGCAGAAUCGGAUAAAAGCACCAAAAAUGAAGAUAUAAAAGACACAGACACAAAAGAUAAAGAAGAGGAAACAUUAAAAAUUGGUGGUUCAGAACCUAUAAAAGAGGAACACACUGAGUUAUAACAACGGCAAAACCAGUAGGGAAAUGACCACUAUAUAUAUCUCCAUUGUUCUCACACGAUUAUAUGUCUAUUUUUGAUGCUGGUUUGAAAGUUCCGAGGAGUGUGUCUGACAGUUACGGUAAUGAACGACGACGUGAAUGUGAGUCUGUAUUUUCAGGAUGAGACCUUCAAGUGGAAUCAUGUGCAUGGUGAAUUGACGAGGAAAUUCAUUUUGUCUGAAUCUGUACUUAUUUAUUGACUUUGUUUUGAAUUUUCAACAUGUUGAAGUAAAUCAUUGUUUGAGUUCUGGUGAAGCAGUGUGUAAAAAAAUCAUUAUUGUGACGGUGAAAGGUUUUAGGGAUGAAGCAUAUUGAGAUGUGUGAGCGAGUCCACCCAGAAAUAUUUGUCUUCUUGUUGCAUGCUUACCCAAUGCCAUUUAGAAAGUGGUCCAAUGUAACAUAUGUUACAUCUGGGAUUACACUGCCAGCAAUUAGGUGCCUGACUCUGAGGGUGUGGGUUCGAAUCCCGGAUGGGACUCAACUAAAGUACUAGAAUCUGUACUACACUAAGAAACUUUAAUCCCAAAUAUAACAUAUGUUCAUGUUGCAGUAUUAUAGAAAUAUUUCAAAGAGAAGUGAUCGUGGCGACUGCAACAGUGGUGGUCUGUAAUGUUAGCCGCUAGUCUGAUUACCAAGUCUAGUAAGUUUACCUGCCCAUAUCUAACACUAAAUAUGCUGAGGUCUGCGUUUGUAGAGGAGAGACGAACAUUUUUCCCAGACUUUUAAGGAUGAUAGACCGUAUUAAUACAGAGCCAACCAGUAAGGGGAUUGGGUGGUAAAACCAUCUGUGUAAUCAUUAUGUCAACCACUGGUUUCACGUGUCUAAUAUCGAUGAUUGAAUUUCUGCUGUGAGGGAUUUCUUUCAAAUCUGCUCAGAAGAGGCCGAAGCAGCCGUCAAAACAAAAAAUAAAAUAAAAAAUCCCAGGUGAACGGGUUUGUUGAAUUACUUGCUAUAGGGAUGGCCACACUUUUUGUGAUACAAAGUUGCUUUAAUGUAUACGUCAAAUGCCUGCUACACUUAAAUGUCUUUUUUUUUUAAUGUUUAAGAUAGGGUGUGUUUUUUAAUUUUCUUUAUAUUAAUUUGAGGUGGGUUUUUUUGCUAAUUGUGACAGGUGGAAUUUGUGAAAUGAAAAUGGGAAAAGUGACCUUGUUGGUGGGAUUAACAGUGAAUUAUGAGAAUUUUAAAGACUGUAAUUAUUUGUUAUUUUUGAGACAUUGUCACUGACAUGUUGAUUGUACAGUUUGUCGUCUGUUUUGGAAUUUGCAUUGCUUUCUGUCAUUCUUGCAAAUGUGUAUGAACUAUUAGAUUUUCACCCACACCCACCUAUUUGGUUGACAUGCCAAAUUAUUUCUCUCCUCUUAAUUAUUAAAAUUUAUAUUAUAAGUAAUUAACCUUUAACAUUUUUUUUAAAAUAGUUCUCCAAUUAUCAUCCAUAACCAUUUAAAUUCUGAGGGAUAACUGUCAUUA